GUGGGAGCCGAGCGCUUCCUCCUCACCCUCCGAAAAGGGAGCACACGCAGCUCCGUACCUUACCUCCCCCACCCUCCUCGGGGACUUUAACGCUCUUGAGUGGGCUCCGCUACCGCGCCGGAAGUGCCUGCAGAGAAGGAAGCGUCCCCUGCGGUUACCACACACCAGGCGUUGUCCGGAACCAGCCCGCAGCCGCAUGGGCCCGUGGGACCUGUAGUGCCGUUCCAAACAACUACAACUCCCGCCAGGCAAUGCGAGGGGGCGGAGCGUGAAGAGUUGGAGGAGGAGCGGGGGGGAGAGCUAACCCAAUCGGAGUGUCGGUCUGGAGGAAGGGGCGUGGCCCCGAGAGGGGCGGGGCGGGCGUGAGAGUAUGCCGGCGUUGGCGGACGCCUCAGAAACGAUUCCUAAGGCGGUCUCUGUGCUCGCGGCUGCUCCGGCCCCGGGAGUAGCCCCAGUCUAGCGGAGCUGCGGCGGGGGGGCGUCCGCAUCGGCUGCAGGAGCGCUCCAAGGGAGACCUGAAACUCACAAGACAUGUACUUCCUUGGACUGUUGUCUUUGCUGGUUUUGCAAAGUAAGGCCUUCAGCACAAAUUUUCCUGAUGAAACUAUUGCAGAGUUUUCAGUGAACAUUUAUAAACAGCUGCGGGCCACUGGGGAAGAUGAGAACAUUCUAUUCUCUCCUCUGAGCAUUGCAAUUGCCCUGGGGAUGGUGGAGCUUGGAGCUCAUGGGUCCACUUUGAAAGAAAUUCGACAUUCCCUGGGAUAUGACAACUUGAAAAAUGGUGAAGAAUUGUCAUUCUUGAAGGACCUUUCUGAUAUGGCAACUACUGAGGAAAGCCAGUAUGUGAUGACAAUUGCCAACUCCCUCUAUGUUCAGAAUGGAUUUCACAUCAGUGACAAAUUUUUGCAAUUGCUGAAAAAAUACUUUAAAGCUGAAGUAGAAAAUGUAGACUUUAGUCAAAGUGCAGCUGUAGCUAACCACAUCAAUAAGUGGGUUGAGAAUCAUACAAAUAACAUGAUCAAAGAUUUUGCCUCAUCAAGGGAUUUCAGUGCUCUAACUCAUUUGGCCCUCGUCAAUGCAGUCUACUUCAAGGGAAACUGGAAGUCGCAAUUCAGACCUGAAAACACAAGGACUUUCUCUUUCACUAAAGAUGAUGAAAGUGAAGUGCAGAUUCCAAUGAUGUACCAGCAGGGAGAAUUUUAUUAUGGGGAGUUCAGCGAUGGCUCCAAUGAAGCAGGCGGUAUCUAUCAAGUUCUGGAAAUACCAUACGAAGGCGAUGAGAUAAGUAUGAUGAUCGUUCUUUCCAGACAGGAAGUUCCACUAGUCACACUGGAGCCAUUGGUCAAAGCCCAGUUGAUUGAGGAAUGGGCUAACUCUGUGAAAAAACAAAAAGUGGAGGUAUAUCUUCCAAGGUUCACAGCAGAACAGGAAGUUGAUCUGAAAGAUGUUUUGAAGGGUCUUGGAAUCACAGAAGUAUUCAGCAGAAAUGCUGAUCUCACUGCAAUGUCUGAUAGCGAAGAGCUUUACCUUGCUAAAGCAAUUCACAAGUCGUUCCUAGAAGUUAAUGAGGAAGGUGCCGAAGCUGCUGCUGCCUCAGGAAUGAUUGCCAUUAGUCGAAUGGCUGUGCUGUACCCCCAGGUUAUAGUCGAUCAUCCAUUUUUCUUUCUGGUCAGAAACAGGAGAACAGGUACUAUCUUGUUCAUGGGAAGAGUCAUGCACCCAGAAGCAAUGAAUACAAGUGGCCAUGACUUUGAAGAACUUUAAUAAUGCCACACACUAAAAAGGAGGGAAAUAAGCACACUGAGUUUAUAAUUGAUAUAUUUAAGGUUUGCCGUGUUUUACAAUGUACCUUAAGACACUGUUUAAAUACUUCCAUAUUUAACAUGGUUUAACUUACAAGCCAAGUUUAUGGAGGAAAGCUUUCAGUAUUAAAAUAAUGGUUCUGUUGCUGUCAUUGUGAUUGCUGUGUCAGUCCUUAAAAUAAAAUUGUAUACAUGUCAA